CUGACGGAGACUACCCGCUGUUUAGGUAGAUAGGCUGAUAACGGGUCAGAUAAGUACGUUUAAUUGAGCAUGCAGUUGAUAUGCAGGCUAAAUGGGCAUAUAGCGAGAACAGCUGAGAGUGAAUUGACGCGAGUAGCCGAUGUGAGUGCGACCUUUAACGACAAAAACGUCAUUUUUAACACGUUUAAUAGGGGAUCUGCAGUCUCAGAGCAUACAUACUUCAUUAUAACUCUCAGUUCUGUCAAUGCAAUGGAUGACAUCGAUAUUCACAAGCCGUUCAGCAAACGUGAGAAACUGUAAAACAAACGAUCGAGAGUUAGCUACUUUCUGUGGUCUACUAACGUUACAGUGAGCGAUACGGUAUGAAAUGACUCGCUAGCUAGGCUACAUGAUAUUUAACAUAUCCAAGCAGCUAUGCUUGUUGGUACAUUCAACGUAGUAACAGGAAAACGUGGUUAACUUGAAACUGUUCAGACAUACUGAAAACAAGGCAUGCGAGAUAGCUAUGAAUAUUAACAAAUAUUUGUUAAAUGCAAUAGCUAAGCAGACGUCGCUACCUAUGCUAACAGCUGUGCUGCAGUUUCCCAACAACACGAAUGUGUUCUCAGAUUUAUGAGACGACGACUUGAUCUUCAUUUUUGACGUGUCUCUUUUUCUGAUAUAUGUAAAAAACUAUAUUUAAAAAAUGUGUAUAUAUAUAUGUGUGUAAUCCAGGAUUCAAAUGUGUAUGAAAACAACAAUGUAUAGGCUAAAUAUGUUUAAACACAUGUCUGAUGCAGGGGCGCAGCCAUGUUGGAUGAAGCAUCAUGGGAACGUUUUGCUUUUCCACGUUGUGAGAAGACACAGAAUGGGGUGUGGUUUUGAAACAACUUCAAGGAUGACUUUCUGGAUACUUUUGUUUCUCAAUGACAGCUCUGUCAGUAUCCAUAUAGUGUCCAAACAGCGUCCAUACCAGUGGCUGCUCCUGAGGGGAGGACGGCUCAUAAUAAUGGGUGCAACAGAGCAAAUCAAAUUGCAUCUAAUACAUGGGUGUAUUUGCUACCAUUCCAACUAUGCUGCUGCAGCCAUUACCACAAGCCUGUCCUCCCCAAUUAAAGUGCCACCAACCCCCUGUGGUCCAUACAUGUACUAACUAGUGGACAUGACAUACUGGACACUAGACACAUUAUACUGGACUGGACAUGUUAGUAUAAAGAUAGCUAUAUUUUCUCUGGGGCCCAAAAAAAUGUUCAGAAGUGUGUGCGCGGAUGUGUGUGUGUACGCAUGGGUAUGCCUCUGUGUGUGUCCGUGUGUACCAGCCAUGCAAAGGGUAGGGCUGAUGACAGGGAUACUUAUCGGUUCAGCCAACAGAACAAUCACAGCUCUUGAUUUCGUGGAGAGUUGGAGAGGUGGGCUCACUGCUACCUGCUAGUAAUGUCUUCGAGAAACACACAGGCACACUGAAGACUUCAGAGCUCACUGCUAUCCUAUUUCAGCUCAUAUCCUGUCUGUGACAAGGACAUAUGGACAAGGACAUCAUUCUAUCUGAACGCACAGCAGCCUACUGCGAGCUAUCGUAGAUUUCACAGAGAAAUAUACAUUCUCUGCCGUUCAUUGCAUUCCAAUAACAGAAACCACAAGGGACUACAAGUUGUGGAAUAGGACAAUCUUCCAGUGAGUACAGUCGCCUAUACCUCACAAUCAGAAGGCUACAAUGGCAGCCUCUCCAGUGAUUGGAUCCUUUGUGGCUGCGGACUAUGCAGUCUUUGCUCUGAUGCUGCUGGUGUCUGCAGCCAUCGGGGUGUACUAUGCCAUCGUCGGAAGGGGCCAGAGCAGCUCCAGAGAGUUUCUGAUGGGGGGCCAGAGUAUGACAGCCGUACCUGUGGCUCUGUCCCUGACUGCCAGCUUCAUGUCGGCUAUCACAGUGCUGGCCACCCCGGCCGAGGUGUACCGAUACGGGGCAAGCUACGGCCUCUUCAGCCUCUCCUAUGUGCUGGUGGUGGUGGUCAGCUCAGAGGUCUUCCUCCCUGUCUUCUACAGGCUGGGCAUCACAAGUACCUAUGAGUAUCUGGAGAUACGGUUCAACAGAGCCACGCGUCUGUUGGGGACAGUGAUGUUCAUUGUUCAGACUAUACUCUACACAGGAAUAGUCAUUUAUGCUCCAGCUCUGGCAUUAAAUCAAGUGACUGGGAUGGAUCUCUGGGGUGCUGUCAUUUCAACAGGAGUGGUUUGCACCUUUUACUGCACUAUGGGCGGUCUGAAGGCGGUGGUGUGGACGGACGUGUUCCAGGUGGGCAUCAUGGUGGCAGGCUUCCUGUCUGUCAUCAUCAGAGCCGUGGUCCUGCAGGGAGGAGUCUCCAACAUCCUAAACCACGCAGAGCUCGGAGGACGACUCAACUUCUGGGACUUUGAUGCUAGUCCACUGAGGAGGCACACCUUCUGGACAAUCACGUUAGGAGGCACAUUUGUCUGGACCAGUAUCUAUGGGAUCAACCAAGCCCAGGUGCAGAGAUACAUCUCUUGCAAAUCCAUGACUCACGCCAAAAUGUCUCUCUACAUAAACCUAUUAGGACUGUGGGUCAUCAUGCUGUGUUCUGUGUUUGCUGGGCUGUGUCUGUACUCCGUCUACAAGCACUGUGACCCCUGGACAGCAGGCAUGGUGUCAGCGCCAGAUCAGCUGAUGCCAUAUAUGGUGAUGGACAUCCUGAGAGACUACCCUGGACUGCCAGGAUUGUUUGUGGCUGCAGCCUACAGUGGGACCCUAAGUACGGUAUCGUCCAGUGUCAAUGCUCUGGCUGCCGUGACUAUUGAAGACCUGAUCAAGCCGUACAUACACAUGUCAGAGAAACACCUGUCCUGGACCUCUAAAGGCCUUAGCUUUCUGUAUGGGGCUCUCUGUAUUGGAAUGGCUGGCAUAGCCUCACUCAUGGGAAGUCUGCUGCAGGCAGCUAUCAGUAUCUUUGGGAUCAUCGGAGGGCCUUUACUGGGUCUCUUCUCACUGGGGAUCCUCUGUCCAUACGCCAAUGCCACAGGGGGCUUGGCUGGUCUGCUCUCUGGGCUGGUUAUGUCUCUGUGGGUGGGGAUAGGGGCCCAGUUUUACCCUCCUCUACCAGAGCAGAGUAGGCCUCUGGGUCUGACCACACAUAGCUGUAACUUCACAACCGCAGCCGAUGCGUUCAACUGGACCACAUCCCCAACAGAACCAAGCCUAUACACUACAGUACUACAGCAAAAUACAGCAGAGAGACCCUUCCUGGCUGAUAACUGGUACUCCCUGUCCUAUCUCUACUUCAGUCCUAUUGGGUCACUUACAACACUGGCUGUUGGACUGUUGGUCAGUCUACUUUCAGGGGGUAUGAAGUUGAAGUUGGAACCAAGGGUGACUUUGAUGAAAGAAGAUACAAUGUUAUUUUGCUUUUACAAGCUCUUUAAAGAAAGGGCCAUGAGACGAGCAGGGAAGCUGGACCUCACAAAAAACAGAGAGAGCAAAUGUGGAAACAAUAACCCCGGCUUCUGCAAUGUCCACGAGUUGGAUUUCACAAAGAGCAGUCUUCCUACUUAACAUACUGAUAAAACCAUGACUUAACAGUUGUUCUUUCUUCUCAUACUUCUCCCUCCGCAGUGCCGCUGUUUUUCACGUGACUCAUGAAUGUCCUGACAGAUUGUAUCAAUAUCUCAUCUAUAUCCUCAUAUUUCUAUAUACAGUGCCUUCAGAAUGUAUUUUAUUCCACACUUUUUGUUACAGCCUGAAAUCCCCCCUCCCAAAUCCUCAACCAUCUACACAAUACCCCACAAUGACAAAGUAAAAACUUGUUUUUUGAAAAUUUAGCAAAAUUUUGAAAAUGAAAUACAGAUAUAUUUACUCAUUUACAUAAGUAUUCACACCCCUGA